AUGCAAUCGCCUAUCAAAGUGAAUAAAAGAUCGGAUGAUGAAGUUAAAGACCUCUUUGUGUAUUUAAAAGAGACUGUUAUACAUAUGAAUUUAUCAGAUAAUCAUCAGAAAACUAAUCAAUAAAUUAAAUAAUCUAAGCUUAAAAUUGCUGCUCUUGAUUUGGUACUUAGUCCACAUUUCUUAAUAUCUUUAUAGGACUCCACACUGAUCUAGACUAUUUCUCAGGAGUAGUUUGCUAAAAAUGAGAACGAUUGGAAAUAUAUGUUCAAAAAUGUGCCCUCAAAAUUAAGAAAGCUUCAUUAAGAUGGCUUUAAAUUAGUAAUUUUUACCUAGCAAAUGGGAAUAUAAAAAGGAAUUUUGACACCUAUAAAUUUUGCAAAAAAAGCAUUAAAUAUCUAAAAAGAUGUAAGGCAUUUUAUUUUUUACUCUGAAAUUAGUUGGAUUUACCUAUGGAAUUCUUUAUCAGCACUCAUCUUGAUUAGUAUCGUAAACCUUCUGUGA